GCAGACACCGAGAGAACCGGGGAACCUUAAAAUGUACAUUCGUGGUCGGCUGUCUCCGCCGUGCUGAGCUGUAAAGUCCACUUCGAGGCUCCUGGGAGGACAGGCUAGUUAGCUAGCUAGCUAACCAUUAGCUCGCUAGCCACAGCACUCCGGGCGACGGUGGCUGCCAUAGCAACGGUUUAGGAAACAUUGGCUGUGGGAGCUAGCUAGCUUGGGUAGCUCAGGCUAAUGGUGGUUUGUUAUGCUAGCGUCAAGCAAGCCGUCGUGGGGACACCAGUGUCCAUCUUAAUGUCAGACCCCGCAAGUCAGUGAUAUUAUUCUGCUUGAACUAGUAUGGAUGUUGAUGACUGCAAUGGCCGGUCUUAUAUAUCAGCGGCUAGUGGAGACUCUUCAAUGGAGAGGGAGUUUUCCGGGGCCCUUGGAGGUCCAACAGUGAGCACCCCAAACAGCAAGGAGACCUCUCCUAGUCGCUCCCUCAGUGCCAACUCCAUUAAAGUGGAAUUGUACAGUGAUGAAGACCCAGGUCGCAGUACUGAAGAUGAAAGAGGGGAGAGGGUGGAAGAAGGAGGGUCAGAGCAAGGAUCUGAGGCUGUUGGAGGCUACAGGGAGCUCACCAAUCCUGAAACCAUACCAUCUGGAGCCACCAGGCUGCCAAAUGGAAAGCUCAAGUGUGACGUCUGUGGAAUGAUCUGCAUUGGGCCAAAUGUUCUCAUGGUGCACAAACGCAGCCAUACAGGUGAGCGACCAUUCCAGUGCAAUCAGUGUGGCGCCUCCUUCACCCAAAAGGGUAACCUACUCCGACACAUCAAGCUGCACUCAGGAGAGAAGCCCUUUAAAUGUCCCUUUUGCAGCUAUGCCUGUCGAAGAAGAGAUGCUCUAACUGGCCACCUUCGCACUCAUGCAGUGUCCUCUCCAACCGUAGGGAAGCCGUAUAAGUGCAGUUAUUGUGGCCGUAGUUACAAACAGCAGAGCACCCUAGAGGAACAUCGAGAGCGUUGCCACAGCUACUUACAGAGUCUGGAGUCAAAGCAGCCAUCCAGUGCUCAGAUUCCAGGAGAGGAGAUGAGAGAGCUAGAGUUUAUACAGGACUCUCUUCUGCAACCCUCUGCAGACAAGAUGGCAUUUAUUGAUCGGCUCGCAAACAGCAUCACCAAACGCAAGAGAUCCACACCACAAAAAUUUGUAGGACAGAAGCACAUACGACUCAACCUUGGAGAUGCACCUUAUGAGCUCAGUGCUGGUUUGGAUAAAGAUGGGGAGAUGCACGCAGGAGAACUUGAAGCUCCGCACUUUACUGGUCUGGGAGGAGAGUACGCAGGCAUUGCAGGUAAUGGAGAAGGGGUUUCAGACACUCUGAGGCCUUUACACCUCCCCACCACUCACCCGUCAUGUCUGCCGGAACUCAGGCCGAUCCACGGCUCCUCUCACGUCCCUGUCGCUCUAGGUCCGAGGCUGGAUUGUACAGGGACGGGAACUGGGCUGGGAGCUGCAGGUGUAGGGGGAAGGGAGGCAGCCGAGGGUCACGAAGACCUGCCUGUCGGUCGAAGUCACGCGCCCUCGCCUAGCAACGGUUGCCAGGACUCUACAGACACAGAGAGUAUGACCGAUGAGCCAUGCAACAGUACUGCUCCAAUUCCAACCCUGCACAGUAACAAUGGCCAUCAUCUCCUCUACUCGAACAACCACAACCCAGUGCCUCCUCCCAUUGCACACCACAGGAGUCGGGACAGACACAGCCCCAGCCACGCCAAAGAAAGGGAGGUGGAAAGACAGGUUGGAGGGCACUCAGCCCCACCGCCUCCUGCCCUCGCUCCGACUCCCAGCUCACCUACAGCGCCCUCCUCGACUUCCAGGGAGGCUUUUCGGGUCGUGGACAGCGAAGGGCGGGCUGUGCGCUGUUUUCGUUGCGAGCACUGCCGUGUGCUUUUCCUGGACCAUGUCAUGUUUACUAUCCAUAUGGGCUGCCACGGUUUUCGCCAGCCUUUCGAGUGUAACAUCUGUGGCCACCGCAGCCAGGACCGCUACGAAUUUUCUUCUCACAUCGUCCGCGGAGAACACAUCCUUGAAUGAGGAUAAAGGGUUAACGACUUGCUUCCCCCUAAAGCUAUUUUUACACUGAGACAAGGACCUGGCUGGGUUUGGUCUGCACACACGAUAAAGGCACUGAUGAUGUGAAGACGCACUGGUACAGUAAGUAUGUACCAGCAGGAGAAACUCCAUAUGCAUGUUUCUAAAUUACAAUAGUUACCCUUAUCAUUAUCAAUGCAUUUCAAACAUUAUCUAUUGAAAAUGCACUUUCAAUGACUUGUAUUUUAAACUAGAUAAAGAGCCGAUGCACUUUUUUCACCCACAGAUGUGCCUUGCUCCAAACUUCAAACCUGAUGCACAAAUUCUAGUAGACAAAUCGGACUUUAUCCAUAACAUGAAAACUUAAUCUUCUUGUGCACUUUAACAGAAAUACCAUGUAAGAAGAACAAUGUGAGGUUGAUGGGCUCAACUACAGAGGAAUCAGAUUUGAACACCUUGUUCUCAAAGCACUUUUAGUUAAAUGAUUCCCUAGCAAUCGUUAUUUAUCCUGGUUUUCUAUUUCUCUUCAAUUUGGGGUUAGUCGUGUACAAUGAAUCGCUUUUUCAAGUGCAGACCAAACUCAAACACCAGGUCCAAGCGAAUGGAUGUGUUUUGAGGAGUUGUCCAUGAUUUAGCAAUGCACUUUUGUUUUUGAUGGGGUUUUGUGUGUGUGUGUGUGUGUGUGUGUGACAGAGAGAGAGUGAGAACAAGGACCCCUGUGUGUUUUUUGGAAGUAAGUUGAACAAGUAAGUGAAUAUUGAAGGCCUUUAUUUGUGUGGAUGCCGACUGGGGCUGUGUAUGAAAUGUUUUGUUUUAUCUUUUCCAUGACUGCUUUUGUUGCACUGAUACCUGCCAGAAUAUUCUGAUCAUAUUAAACUAUUUUGUAGAAUACAUUACCGACCUGCACAUUUCUCUCAAAAUUGAGAAAAACUGAUGGAAGGUUUCUCUCACAAGGAAAGGACUAUCACUGCCACGACUUUAGAGAUUACUCAGAGGUUAUAGGAUCUUCACAAGCCCCCCAAGUAUUCAUUGGCAUCCCUCCAUCAAACUGCAAACCAACAUUAAUCUUUUUAUUUGACAUUCAAACAUUUUGAAUGUUACUAUCUCAUUGUAUUGUGCCUUUCUUCCCCCUGAUCACACCCUGUUGACCAGACUGAAAGACACGAGCUACCAAGUCUUAUCUGGAAACCGGUCAUUGUGUGAUGAUGAGUUAUAAAAUGAGUUAACUGCUCAAUUGAUUGAUUUUCAGACAGUGAAGUAUCUGACUUAUGUCUUUGCACACAAAUAUCCUAUUCAGAUGUGUUUGAUUUUGAUCAGUGCUGAAAGAGAUGAAGAACCACUUCUGCUAUUUUAUCAAAGACUAACUGUACCUGACAUUAGGCUCAUGCUGCUAUGACACAAAUGAGUACACUGUAGCAGUUUACUACAUCCUCACAGGUUAAAUUCCAAAAAUGUUUUAUUUGCUUUGUCUUAGAGCACAUGUCAGUCCACAGAGUUACCAAGGCAACCAAUGAUCCUGUCUUGGUAAAAAAAGUUCCGAAACGAAAAGAGAACACAGUCGGCCUGUGAUUCUGUUUACAUGUUAAAAUAACAGAGAUUGUUGUUUUAGCCUCGUUUUAUUAAUAUUUCACUUAACUUACUUUAAGCACAAUAAAUUGUACACAUCCAGCAGGCAAAUUUUUUAAGAUUACAGAAUUGGAUGCAAAAAUUAGUCCCAGUUUGUGUCGAUAAACAGGAAUGUUGUUGUGAUUAAUGAUUGAUCUCCACGUAUCCCAUUUGGAAUGAUCUAUAAAGAAAGUUUUAGACAGACUGAAUUUUCCUGUGUUCAGUGAUUUUUAAUAAGGUUGAAACUUAUCAAAAUCAUCAGCCGACCUGAGUUCUUAUGUGAUCCAGUAAAUAGUUUAUUGAACUGAAUUUCCUCUAUAAAUUAAUCAGAACUGAUGUUUAGACUUUAUUUAAUGAAAUACAUCUUUUCAGCAUCUAUAAAUAAAAUGUUGCUUUUCAGAAAUCUUUUUCAGCCUAAACGAGAACCACUGAACCUCUAAAGGCUGGAAAUGGUUCUGUCAUGUACUGAAUUGAGUUGUUUGGAUUUUCAUAUUUCUAAGUAGUGGCAAUGUGCAGGAACUCCCAAAUAUAGUUUUUUGAGAGAGACGAAUGGAAAAAUAUAUUUUUGUCUGCAUAGCACCAAAUAACGGUUCCCUCGUGGCUGAGGCAAAGAACCACUGCCUCCACCUGUUAAGCACUUUUCCCUGUUAGAGUGGCGAAAUGCAAAGUAUUAAUUAUGAAGAAGCGUCAAGUGACAGAUCUUUUUUGGUUUUCAUUGCUCUGUAAGAAAAACAAUGUAGAUUUGUUCAAAUGAUCUUCUCCCUUUUAGCAGAAAAACAUUAAAGGAUAAUUUGGUGUUUUCCAGGUUUUUUUAAAUGUUACAAGUUGUCAAGUAAAGUUAAAUCGGUUUGAGGGAUGUUUACAAUUUGUUGUUGUUGUAUAUUGCUGUAUGAGAUUGAAGGAGAAAGUCACUUGUUGACACAAUGAAAUGUGAUUUUGUGACAGUAUAUCAACACAGAAACCUAAACAGGUGGUUAAAAUGCUAUUUCCAAAGUUAGAAUCCAAUUUGAAAUCAGAUUAUCUUGCCUUAAUAUGUGAAUACAGACUGUUUGGUCAUGUGAGGGCCAUGGACGCUUUGUAUCCCAGAAUCCUGAAAUGUAGUUUUCUGUAACCUGACCUGGAUGUUAAUGAUCUGUCACCAAAGUUAUCAUUGCAAAUCACUGGUGUAGUUUACAUGAGCGGAAAUGCUUUGUCUGAUUACCUACAUCUUAUACCCUUGUUUUACUAUGUGAAGUCCUUCAGAAUUAUUUGAACAUGAAGGCUGAUUCCUUUGUGUUUUUUUGGACACUGAAGAAGAGUUUAAGAUUAAAAGAUGAAUAUGAGACAAGAGUUCAGAAUUUCAAUUUUUACUUCCUGGUAAUUACAUAUAGAUGAGUUUAACAUCUUAGGAUAUAGAACCUUUAUCAGUCCGCCCAGUUUAAAUGAGCUAAAGUAAAGGAACAGAUUGUCUUAAUGUAAUUUUUUUUGUAAGUAUUCAAUUUCAUGCUUGCUUGCCAUAAAUGCAUCAAGCCUGUGACCUGUUCACAACAUCAAACUGUGUUAGGUUAGGGGUUUCCUUUCCCCUUCCUCUGCUUCUAAUGGCUUGCCUUUCUCCCAUGACCAACUAUUAAUGUUGGUUUCACCUUUUCAACAACAGAUGUCUUCACAUGUGAAUCUCAAGACUGAAAGAGUAGACAUUCAGAGCCAUUCAAUUUUUAAACAAUCACUCUUAAGAGCAACUCAACUCACAUGUUCAAUCAUUUUUGUACACAUGAAAAAUGGGUUGUAGGUGGAAAAACCAGGAAACCAAAGAUGAUUCACUGAACUUUUAGUCUCAUCUUUUAAUCUUAAAAACAAAGGAUGGGCCUUUCCAGAACUUUGAUGGGGCUGUAUAUUCUGAUUCAGGAAAAAAAACUCAAAAACAGGCCCAUGUGUGAUCCUUUGGUUGGCGUAAUUUGUGUGUAGUAGACUUUGGCUGUUGUGCCUUUGGCCUGAGGUAUUUUCUGUAUUUAAUUUCUUCCUUUACUGUUGAAAUUCUCAGUAAAGUUAUUUAUUUUGUUAAUCCAGUGCUGCACAUUACAGAAACACCUGACAGUCAUAUUUAGAAUUUUUUUUCACCCCCUGUAGUUUCCCUGAAACCUCAAGUGAUGAGUGACCCAGGCCAGAACUAAGUGUUUUGAUUUUAACAACCAAACGACCACAGGUCAUCAGAAUAACUUUGGUAAUGCUGGCAGCUAAGAGCCAAAGAUGAGGAGCCACCUUUUGAAAAAAAAAAGUCAAGCUUCCUAUACACCUGAACCAAGAUGUUGAAUUUUAGAGCAACAAAUGCUGUAGAAUUAUACAUUAGGCCCCUUGUCCAUGACUUGUUUAUUCACUGUAGAAUUGUUUGAAGUCGCAAUUUCAGCACAGUAGAUUCGAAUCCACUGGCAGCCCUCUAUAUAAGUUGUGAGUUUGGACAUUGUUUAGAUAUAUUUGUGUGCUUCACUGGGCAGUUUUGUGCUUCUGAACCUGAUGCAUGUGGUACCAAUGCUGUUUGCUCCUGAACCUUCACCAGUCUCCUCUGUUGCAUUCUGAAGGACAACCAAAUAAUCUGCUCCAAUUCAAGACUAUACUAAAGAAAAUAAACUAAUGCUAGUUUUGUGGUA